CAGGUCAUUCCCCAGUUCCAAACCAUCGAUGGGCAACAGCUCCAGUUUGCCACCACCCCUGCCCAAGUCAACGUGCAGCAGGAUGCCUCUGGUCAGCUCCAGAUCAUCCCCGGCACGAACCAGCAGAUCAUAACGAGCCGAGCGGGGACGAGUAACCUCAUCGCCAUGCCAAACCUGCUGCAGCAGGCCGUCCCCAUCCAGGGCGUGGGCUUAACCAACAACACCCUCUCAGGGCAAACCCAGUACGUGGCCAACGUCCCCGUGGCUCUGAACGGCAACAUCACCUUGCUGCCCGUCCACCGCGUGGGCGCCAGCCUGGCUCCCACCUCUCAGACGGUCACGUUGAGCAGCUCCGGCUCUCCGGACAGCAGCUCUCAGCCGGCCACCUCGGGUGCUGCCAUCAGUUCCACCAAUACAGCCACGUCUCACGCUAGUUCUGGCGCUUUUUUUACCAAUGCCAACAGCUAUUCCACCACCACCACCACCAGUAACAUGGGCAUCAUGAAUUUUUCCACCAGUGCCACGGUGGGAACCAACGUCCAGGCGCAGACGCCCCAGAGGGUCAGCAGCGUCCAGAGCUCGGACUCUCUGCAGAGCCAAGUUUCUGGGGUGGCUUUGCAGCCGGGACAGCAGAAAGAGGGGGAUCAGAGUCAGCAAUCGCAGCAGCAGCAGCAGCAGAUCCUGAUCCAGCCGCAGCUAGUCCAAGGAGGGCAGACCAUCCAAGCCCUCCAGACCACCCCGCUCUCUGGCCAGACCUUUGCCACUCAAGCCAUCUCCCAAGACGCCUUGCAGAACCUGCAGCUCCAAGCUGUCCCCAAUUCAGGGCCCAUCAUUAUCCGAACGCCCACGGUGGGUCCCAACGGGCAGGUGAGCUGGCAGACCAUCCAGCUCCAAAACCUUCAAGUUCAAAACCCCCAGGCCCAGACAAUCACCUUGGCCCCCAUGCAGGGAGUAUCGCUGGGGCAGACGGGCAGCACCAGCACCACGCUCACCCCCAUCGCCUCCCUCCCCAGCGGCACUGUUACGGUCAACGCUGCCCAGCUCUCCUCCGUGCCAGGCCUCCAGACUAUUAACCUCAGUGCCUUGGGAGCGUCUGGGAUCCAGGUGCAUCAGCUGCAAGGGUUGCCGUUGGCCAUAGCAAACACUGCCGGCGACCACGGUGCUCAGCUGGGUCUUCACGGCACGAGCGGAGACGGGCUGGGAGACGAGAACGCGGCUGUGGAGGAAGGAGAGACCAGCCCGGACCCGCAGCCUCAGCAAGGACGGAAAGUGCGGAGGGAAGCAUGUACCUGCCCCUACUGCAAAGACAGCGAGGGAAGGAGCUCUGGGGAUCCAGGUAAAAAAAAACAACACAUCUGCCACAUCCCGGGCUGCGGGAAGGUGUACGGUAAAACCUCUCACCUGCGGGCUCACCUGCGGUGGCACACCGGGGAGCGACCCUUCAUCUGCUCCUGGAUCCUCUGCGGAAAGCGUUUCACCCGGAGCGACGAGCUGCAGCGACACAAGCGCACGCACACAG